UCCUAGGAUGACAGUGGCGGUCCGAUCAUGAAGAGGAGGAGGAGGAAAAGAAGAAGAAGAAGAAGAAGAAGAAGAGAAAUAUAGACAAAAGUCCGCCUGUCAGCUCGGAAGGAUGGCCUCGCGGUUGGCGCAGCCCACUAAAAGAAAAUCGAGCAGCCACCGCUUCUUCGUUUUUUUUUUCGUUCUUCCUACUUUCUCCUUCUCGCCCGCCAUCUUGUCUCUCGCUAGCUGGUGUCCGUCCUCCUGUCUCGACGGCUGUUGGAGCAGGCAGAGCUUCAGCUCCCAUGCAGGCGUGCCGCGCGAACGUUCGUGCUCGUGUAGCCCGCAACGCAUGGUGUGCAUGUCGUGUGCUGCGUCGUGUUCGUGUCGUGUCGUGUCAUGCUGCUGUGCUCCGAGGAGAAACCUACAAUCCCAUAAACUUGUUCCUCAUCUCGAGGUCGCGAGGUUUCAUCCAUACACCCCCCCACCCCCCCCCCUUUCCCAUCCGCCCCCAUUCGAUAUGUCUGACGGGCGGCCGGCCGGCCGAGCUGAUUCGAUCCGCGACGGCGUCGACGCAUCAGCAUCAUGAUAUGUGUGCACGCCGUCCAUCCAGCUCGGUAGCCCGCCAUCCGAGUCCGGUCACAGCCUACCGCCUACCGCCCC